UCUACAAAUAUCUCCGAAAUAUCUCCGAAACACUCUCACACCAAACCCCUCACACCGUCGGAUCUAUAAACUUCUUUUUCUUUUCAAAAUUCAGAAACAAAACUUAACAACCUCUUCUGAUCGUUCCGCCAUGGCCAAUCAACCCGAACCUUCUGAUGUUAAGGGAACAAAGAGGGAUUUUAGCACUGCCAUUCUGGAAUGCAAAAAAGCUCCUAAUCCUUUGGUGGUUGACGAAUCUGUCAACGACGACAAUUCUUCUGUAGCUCUUCAUCCGGAGACUAUGGAAAAACUUCAACUCUUCCACGGCGAUACUAAGUUGAUUAAGAAACAAGUUGUUGAAGUUCCUAAUUGCAGCUGGGAAGAUAUCGGUGGUCUUGAAAAUGUUAAGAGGGAACUCCGAGAAACUAUUCAAUAUCCAUUGGAACACUCUGAUAAGUUUGACAAGUUUGGAAUGGCGCCUUCAAAGGGAGUUUUUAUCUAUGGUCCUCCUGGUUGUGGUAAAACACUUUUGGCAAAAGCUAUUGCCAAUGAAUGCAAGGUAAACUUCAUCAAUGUCAAAGGUCCUGAGCUGCUCACAAUGUGGUUUGGAGAAAGUGAGGCAAACGUGAGGAAAAUUUUUGACAAGGCUUCUGCUUCUGCUCCAUGUGUCCUAUUCUUCGACGAACUCGACUCCAUUGCAACUCAGAGAGCUAGUAGUGUAGGAGAUGCUGGUGGUGCUGCUAACAGGGUUUUGAACCAGCUGCUAAUAGAAAUGGAUGGGGUGUCAGCAAAGAAAACCGUGUUCAUCAUUGGCGCCACUAACCGACCUGACAUUAUAGAUCCAGCUCUUCUGCGUCCAGGGCGUCUAGACCAGGUGAUUUAUAUUCCUCUCCCGGAUGAAGAUUCCCGUCAUCAGAUAUUUAAAGCUUGCUUGAGAAAAUCCCCCAUCUCACAAGAUGUUGAUAUUAGAGCUCUUGCAAAGUACACCCAAGGCUUUAGUGGUGCUGAUAUUACCGAGAUUUGCCAGCGUGCAUGCAAGUAUGCCAUUAGAGAGAAUAUCGAAAAGGACAUUGAAAAAGAGAGAAAGAAAAGCGAGAACCCCGAAGCCAUCGAAGAGAAUGUUGAUGAAGUAGCAGAAAUUAAGGCAGCUCAUUUUGAGGAAUCAAUGAAGUAUGCCCGAAGGAGUGUAAGUGAUGCCGACAUUUGCAAAUACCAGGCAUUCGCCCAAACAUUGCAGCAAUCCGGAGGGUUUGGAACUGAGUUUAAGUUUGCAGGUUCCGGCUCCGGUGGUGCUACUGCUACAGGUGCAUCUGAUCCACUUAUAUCUGCUGGCGGAGCUGAUGAUGAUGAUCUUGAUCUUUACAAUGAGAAUCGUUUCAAUGGUCAUCAAAUUUUUUACAAAGAUUAUCUUCUCAAUGAUCAAACUCUUUACAAUGUUCGAAUUCGAGACAAUGGUCGAAUUCCAGACAAUGUUGGAAUUCUAAAGAUUCCUGAUCUUCUCAGUGAUGAGUUUAUGUAUGAUUCUGAUCCUUGAAAGAAUGCCUGAACUGUCUUAUUUAUGUACUUGUCUUUUUGCGUAUGAAGUCUCCAAAGAUUGUCGUUGCUUCUUGAAAGAAUAUGGCAAACAUUAGAAAACUAUUUUUAGUUUUUAGUUUAACUUUUGGAACAUUCAUAUGAACAAAGUUUUACCAGAUUA